AUGUGCAACAACAGCUCCAUCACCCAGUUCCUCCUCCUGGCAUUCGCAGACACGUGGGAGCUGCAGCUCUUGCACUUCUGGCUCUUCCUGGCCAUCUACCUGGCUGCCCUCCUGGGCAACAGCCUCAUCAUCACUGCUGUAGUCUGCAACCACCGCCUCCACACCCCCAUGUACUUCUUCCUCCUCAACCUCUCCCUCCUUGACCUGGGAUCCAUCUCCACCACUGUCCCCAAAUCCAUGGCCAAUUCCCUCUGGAACACUAGGGCCAUCUCCUAUGCAGGAUGUGCUGCACAGGUUUUUCUCUCUGUCUCUUUUAUUUCAGCAGAGUAUUUUCUCCUCACCGUCAUGGCCUAUGACCGCUAUGUUGCCAUCUGCAAACCCCUGCACUACGGGACCCUCCUGGGCAGCAGAGCUUGUGUCCACAUGGCAGCAGCUGCCUGGGGCAGUGGGUUCUUCUAUGCUGUGCUGCCCACGGCCAAUACAUUUUCCAUUCCCCUCUGCCAAGGCAAUGCUGUGGACCAGUUCUUCUGUGAAAUCCCCCAGAUCCUCAAGCUUGCCUGCUCAGAGUCCUACCUCAGAGAACUUCGACUUCUUGCAUUUAGUGCCUUUCCCUUUUUGGGGUGUUUUGUUUUCAUUGUGGUGUCCUAUGUGGAGAUCUUCAGGGCCGUGCUGAAAAUCCCCUCUCAGCAGGGACGGCACAAAGCUUUUUCCACAUGCCUUCCUCACCUAGCUGUGGUCUCCCUGUUUAUCAGCAUCUCUUUUUUUGCCUACCUGAAACCCCGCUCCAUCCUCUUCCCAGCUCUGGAUCUGGUUAUGGCAGUGCUGUAUUCAGUGGUUCCUCCAGCACUGAACCCCCUCAUCUACAGCAUGAGGAACCAGGAUCUCAAGGAUGCAGUGUGGAAACUGGUGACUGAAUGA